AUGCCGGCAUUCAAAGUGAGAAAGCAGACUUUGGCUGCAAAGAAGCACAACACCCACGCUUCCAAGAGCAACAACAAGAAGGUAAUUGUGGCAGGACAGUCUUCAGCACCAAUUCCGCAAUCAACACUUCUUGAUCUUCCCACGGAGAUUAGAAUGAUGAUCUACGGUCACUUUGCAAGAGCCUCAGACAAACAAGUUGAUGAAGGUACAUAUGAAGCCGUCAGCCAGGACCGGAAGAAUCUGAUGCUUGCGUGCCGUCAGAUAUCCCACGAGUGGGCUCCACUAUUCUAUCAAUCGACAACAAUCGUCGUCAACACCCGGAACAGAAUGCCCUGGCCGCAUGGUCAUCAAGAUGACGUGUACCUGACCGCGCCACUCUUUCAUUCACCAGCAGAAUUCGAACUGGUGUUCCUGAAGCAGCUGGAUGAUUACGAGGUACACAAAAUUCGGAGACUGGAGUUCAACGCCUCGGUCUGGGCUCUUGUCGGAUGGGAAAAGAAAGUAUACAACUGCCCUCCAUUUGUUGACUUUUCGGCAAUCCAGCGCCUGGGACAAGUCCUCUAUCAGAACCGAAACAGCAUGAAAUCCCUCACUGAAGUCGUAAUCAGCGAGCGCCGUACGACUCCAAAUUACCCGGAGGACCUGAAUAGGCUUCGAUCGGAUGUGGACGUCGCUGUUCGACGGGCUGACGAUAUCUGGUCUCUGGCAAAUAGCAAGGGCGAAUGGGAUCACAUCAUCAACCAGUUGCAAGGCAGAACUCGCUCCUCGUUUUUCAGAGGCUGGCAUGUCACCAAGCAUGCAACCAUUGAGCCGAGACAUUGGGAAUACACAGGUACAAUGAUGCUUCCCAUUUUCAACGGUGUCGAUGUCACUUUUUCCAAGACAAAGCCGGAAGACCCUCGUUCAGCUGGCUCGGCAAAUCAGACCAAGAUGCAAGUCAGUGUCAAUGAGUGGCGGCUCUGGAGUCUAUAA